AUGUUCUCUGCUACUCAGACAUAUCGUCAGCUGGAGCAGAUUCCAACUGCAAACUUUCUCGAAGUGUUUGGCGCUUCACUGUCGUACAACUUGGACAAUGUUCUGAAUGGAAAUGGACCUGUUAAUGCAUCCGAGUUCAUCAUAACUACCAAUGCCACAAGUUCAGCCCGCAUUGUGGGUGCACUGACAAGACCUGUCAAUCCUGGUGGGACCGUGGAUAGGAAUGGAGUUGUGGGUGUUGUUGGAGAGGAAGAUAUCGAAGCAGCCAUGGUUGUAGUUGAGGAGAAUGGAGGGACCAUUGUGGCAGCCUUUGUCACGAAUGAUUUAAAUGAUGUUGGAGAUUGCUUCAACACGGAAUCCGAAUUGGCAGGCACUGGCUUUUGCCAAAGUGUUGUUGAAUCAUCUGCAUCAGUGGGAGCUGAUGCAGAAACUGUUCUUGGUUGUGUGCAAGAUCCUACAUCAUCAUUGCAAUGCCAAUCGAUCUUGCCAACUCUGUUGGAAGCGCCUGAGAAAUCUGGCCAAGAUGACAGACCACCUGGAGAUGAAAGCAUUAAUGAAGCCUUCAAAGACAGUGCAAAUGAUGAAUUGGACAUUUCAGGUGAAGGCCCGGCAGACGUUGAUGGAUCCGACAAUGCAGGACCAGAUGUUUCUUCUGAAGAGUCCAGCCCUGAUAGCACAAGUGGUGUUGAGGAAGAAUCAACACCCGUUGGGGCCAGUGAACCAAAUGAUAGCCAAAUGGAUACAGACCAGGGUGCAAGCCAAGAUGGUUCCUCUGCAGCCUCACCAGGUACUGGGAAUUCAAGCAAUCCAGUGGAUGCAGAUCCUGUAGGUGAAUUGGCUGCCCGAGAAACCGGUCCAUCUGAUGCUUUUCAACCAGAGGCACCCGCUGAAACUUCAGCAGAUGCUACUCCUUUUCAACCAGGUGUUGCACCGGGAGGUGUCCCCUCUGUGUCAGCCACAAGUCCAGCUGGUGCCCCAAUCACUGCCAGCAUCCCAUCUGCCCCAGUCACAAGUCCAGCCGGUGCUCCAAUCAAUGGCAACGCCCCUUCAGCUGCAGCCACAAGUCCAGCUACAGCUCCUCUUGUUGGUUCACCGGCAAGCCUUUCUGCAGGGACACCAGUUGGUGUUGAAGGAAGUAAUCCAGCCAAUGUUCCAACAAUACAAGCUGUCCCAUCAGUUGGCAGCUCCACAGGAAGGACCGAACCAACUGCGGAUUCAAACGUACCAGCUCCUCCCAAUGUUGAUUUACCCCCUGCCGUUCCCGGUCUGCCAACAAGUCUCACCUUAGGCACUGUCCCAGCUGCUCUAAGUGCUCCUUCUCCUUUGAUUGCCAACUCUGCUUACCCUCAAGUCCCGAUGCUGGAGGGGUCACUCCCAGUGAACCAUCAAGCCCCUCAAUACAUGCUCCAGUUCCAUCUGCUAUAGGCGGUGGAGAAAGCCCACCAUCUGGAGUCAGCCCAACUGCGCUCUCCCCAGUAGGGUCUCCCGCUCUUGAGAAUAACCCUACUGCAAAUGGCCCCACUAUCAAUAGCAGCCCCUCAGUACCAGCUACACCUCAAAGCAAUCCAACUCAGAGCUCACUAGGAAGCAGCACAGCAGAGACACCCACUGCCACUGACGGAAGCAACAAUGUUUUACUGCCAAGCACUUCACAGCCACCACAGGAUUUCACUAACGAACCAACCAUUACCAACACCUUCCCCAACAUUUGAGCCAACAACAACAACACCAACUGUUCAACCAACCACUGGCAUCACGAGCGAACCAACGAACUCACCAACUCCAGAGCCAACAUUUGAGCCUACAAAUUGGGCUCUAACAUCAUCUCCCACAGCAGAUCCAACAUUCGAGCAAACAGUGCAAGCACCCACUG